AUGCAGAAUAAACGUACUUUCAGUGGCGACUUUACAUUUGAAGUGAACGAGAAGGUUGUCUCUAUAGUAGCUAAAGAAACUGGCUUUCAAGGCAUUGAACCACAAGCACUGGAAGCGCUUUCAAGCCUACUAGAUUCAUACUUGGACAAGAUGCUAUCCUCUGCUCACCGAUUUGCAGAGCUGGGCAAUAGGGCAAAACCAAAUAUACAUGAUAUCACUCGAUCACUAGAAAACGCUGGCGUAGAGAUAUCCAAUUUCAAAGAGUACCUCAACACCAAAGUAAACGAUACAAAGACAGCUAAAUUAAAGAAAAAGUACUUCAAGACACAAAAGACAACAUCCACACUAGAGACAAUACCGAAUUUCCUGCCAUCCGACAAUGAAGAUUCAGAAGAUGAAGCAGAGGAUCACACAACAGAAGGCGGUAUGCCUACCUACGUGCCUCGACAUUUACCUUCGUUUCCAAGCAAGCAUUCAUUUAGACAAACACCUAUUUACAUUAAUCGACCGGACGAUCCACAAAAAGUGCGUGAAUUGACGUCUGAGCAAUCAAGAACAGUAGAAGAAAACCUCAAAAAGCUCAUGUCGGCAGAGAAUCAGCUAUUACGGCAAGCCAAUGUCGAUUCUACCACUGCACUGCUAGAAUCUACGGAUACCACUAAAAGCAGCAACAUUAUGAUGCCGAUUGUCAAUUAUGAGGUAUUCAUUCAAAGAAGAAAGAGACAAAAGCAAUCAGGCACAACGCUCAAUGUAGAGGGAUCCGAUGAACCUAAACCCAACAGCAGUAAUACAACCAACAAUGCCAGUGACAUGGGCGGUUUGGAUCUGGAUACGACUCAAGUAGAAGGAGGAGGAGCAGAAGAGGAAGAGGUUGAUAAGAGUGCGCAAGUAGCAUAA